UUUUAGUCGAGAAUGUAAUAUUUGGUGAGUUUUGAGAUGAGGUUUUACGUUCUUGGGUAAAGCCCCGGUCCUAGUUCAACCUUUUCCUUUUUUGAUUCUCUUAUUUUUAACGGUGUAACCGCACCGGCAUGCGAAUGGUAUGUGCUCUUAUUUCUAUCUCAGUUGGAGACAAGAUUUGGGCUCUGAAUUUCGAAGCGUUUUUCUCAAUUUUCAUCUCUCCUCCGUGUUAUUUGCAUUUGAAAACCGGGAACCUCAACCCUAACCCUAAAUCUUAAGGAAUCUGGUGCCUCUAACAGAAGGUUAUUUUGGUGUUGAGUAGUCAUGUCUCUAUCGAGGAUUUCUAGAAUGGUUACUUCAUCGACCAAGAAGUUCAGUCCUCACAAAAUGAUUGGUAGGAAGGGGGAUGCAAUGAAGCAACAAAUCCUAACACUCUUUUUGUGAUAACAUUUAUCUAAGAACAUCAAGAGUUGCAGAAUUAUGCGUUUCAAAAUACCGAGAUACAGAAUGUGCUUGCCUCUUGAAGCAGAGCGAAUUGGGUGGACUGAAGUUUGCGUCCUUUCGAAAUUUGAAUCUUUUUUAUGGAGGUUCUAUGUUGAAGUAUGACCUCGGUUCAAGACAGCAAUUUAACUAUUUCCAAAUAGAGCAAUUUUCGACUCAUGGGGUUGAGAAAUCUUCAGUGUCGCGAAACAUGGGACGAUCUGGUUUUCAAUCAAGUCAAGUCCUUCAAGGAGGGAAGUCACAAGCAAUGCUUCUCUAUCUUGUGGCUUUGGUAGUUGCCAUGGUGGGUUGUACGUAUGCUGCUGUUCCCUUGUAUAGAAGAUUUUGCCAAGCAACAGGAUAUGGAGGCACUGUUCAGUUACGUGAGACUGUUGAGGAGAAAAUUGCUCGGCAUGCUCAAGAUGGAACCACCACAUCAAGACUACAACCAAUAUGGGCAUGUGCUGAAUGUAGAGCAAGAGCUCACCGUUGCCAAAACAUUAUUCAUGGAUACUUUAUCACUUGCAUGCCAUGGGAGCUUGUGGUUCAGUUCAAUGCAGAUGUUGCUGAUGGUAUGCCAUGGAAGUUUAUACCUACACAAAAGGAGGUAAAAGUUAAACCAGGAGAGAGUGCCCUUGCAUUUUAUACGGCAGAAAACAAUAGUUCAACCCCUAUAACUGGGGUUUCCACAUACAAUGUGACCCCCAUGAAGGCGGCAAUAUACUUCAACAAAAUCCAAUGCUUUUGCUUUGAGGAACAGCGUCUUCUUCCAGGAGAGCAGAUUGACAUGCCUGUAUUCUUUUACAUUGAUCCCGAGUUCGAGACAGAUCCUAAAAUGGCCAGUGUUAAUAAUCUAAUUUUAUCCUAUACUUUCUUCAAAAUUGGUGAGGAAUAAAUAUUUAUCAGGAUAUAUUUAACGUUUUACACCGUCUUGGGUCCUUUGUUGUACUUCUUGAUGCAUUUUGCGAAAUUUUCAUACCCUUUAUAAUCAUGAUAUGUUUACGAUCCCAUCAUUGGGGGUCCUUUGUUAUACUUGUUAAAUGCAGUUCAUUUUUGGGAU